AUGAUGCCUGGGCGGCAUGACGAAGCCUGCCUUCAGCCUCUCGCCAUCCAUUACAUCACGGUGAUCUGGCCGAACAACGGCAAAUACCCGAUGAAUGGCUCCACGCAGUAUGGCACUACAUGGGGUGCCCGAUACGGUAUCCCGUCGAUAAUGGCCGACAUACGUGUUCAAAGCCUGCGCAAACCCAUCGACGUCUCCGAGUAUCUUUUCCGGAGAGUUUUCGAGGUUGGCGUGCGUUCGGUUCAUGGUGUUCCUGGCGAUUACAAUCUUGUCGCACUCGACUAUCUGCCAAAGUGUGGGCUCAAAUGGGUUGGCAGUGUCAACGAGCUGAACGCAGCCUAUGCCGCGGAUGGUUAUGCCCGCGUGAAGCAGAUCGGCGCGCUCAUCACUACUUUCGGUGUGGGAGAGUUGUCUGCCAUCAAUGGCGUUGCGGGAGCCUUUUCUGAGCACAUACCUGUCGUGCAUAUCGUCGGGUACCCGUCGACGCUGUCGCAACGAGACGGCAUGCUCCUGCAUCACACUCUGGGCAACGGGGACUUCAACGUGUUCGCCAACAUGAGUGCUCAGAUCUCAUGCCAGAUUGCCAAAUUGAACAGCCCAUCGGACAUUGCAGACCAAAUUGAUCAUGCUUUGCGUGAGUGCUGGAUUCGUUCGCGACCGGUUUACAUCACCCUACCGACGGAUAUCGCCCAAGCCAAAGUGGAGGGGGCACGACUUGACAGGCCAAUUGACCUGUCUGAGCCGCAGAAUGAUCCCGAAAAGGAGGAUUAUGUUGUCGAUGUCAUCAUGAAGUACCUAAACGCAGCCAAGAACCCCUUGGUCCUCGUUGACGCCUGUGCCAUACGUCACCGCGUCCUCCCAGAAGUUCACCAUCUUCUGGCCAAAUCCAAACUGCCCGUCUUUGUGACCCCAAUGGGCAAGAGUGCCAUCAAUGAACAACUUGACAAUUUCGGCGGUGUAUAUGCUGGAAACGGGUCGCAUCCUCCGGAGGUGAAGCACAUUGUGGAAUCUUCGGAUUUGAUUGUAUCCAUUGGCGCUCUCAAGAGUGACUUCAACACGGCCGGCUUUUCUUACAGAACAUCGCAGCUCAACACCAUCGAUCUUCACAGCGAUCAUUGCGUUGUGAGGUAUUCGACGUACCCUGGGGUGAGGAUGAAGGGCGUUCUGCAGAAAAUUGUCAAGCGAAUUGACCCCCAAAAACUCAAUGUCCAAGCUCCCCCCCGCGUUCGAAAUGAAGCAAAGGAGGAUCGGGAUGAAUCAGCGACAAUCACUCAAGCAUGGUUCUGGCCACGGCUGGGUGAGUUCCUGAAUGCCAAUGAUGUUGUUGUCACAGAGACGGGAACUGCAAACUUUGGUAUCUGGGACGUCAAAUUUCCCCCUGGAGUAACAGCGCUGGGUCAGGUUCUCUGGGGCAGCAUAGGAUGGUCAGUAGGUGCAUGUCAAGGAGCCGCACUCGCCGCCAGGGACACGGGUGAGAAGCGGAGGACCAUUUUGUUUGUCGGGGAUGGUUCCUUUCAAUUGACUGCUCAGGAACUGAGCACCAUGAUACGCCUUGAGCUUGCCCCGAUUAUAUUCGUUAUUUGCAACGAGGGCUUCACCAUUGAGCGAUUCAUCCAUGGUAUGGAUGCCGAAUACAACGACAUUGCCGAAUGGGAUCAUCGGGGCCUUGUUGAUGCUUUUGGCGGUCAAGGAAAGACUCAGAAGUUUUCUGUGAAGACGAAGGACGAGUUGAAUGAAUUGCUUUUGAACCCUGCCUUUAAAGUGGCGAAAGAAUUACAGCUUGUCGAAGUAUACAUGCCCAAGAAGGACGCGCCGAGAGCGCUGAUUAUGACGGCCGAGGCGAGUGCCAGAACAAAUGCAAAGAGAAAUUGA